UUCGCACCAGGAUACAUUACAAACGUAAAUUAUCGGGUUUAAAGCCCGUUAUUAUCCGGUGGGUCGGUUUUCAGAUCCCCGCCCUUUCAUCUCAUCUCAUCUCAGCUCAGUACUUUGGAGGUUGGACUUGGAGUCUUGGACUUCGGAGCCAUGGCGCAGAUUCUAACUCUAACCCCAACACCACCGUCUUACAAAAUCCGUGCCCCGCGCCUCCGGCAAACCUUAGCCCCGCCGAAGCUGGCCGCGCCGAGCUCGACUCAGACCUGGACUUCGGUUUUGCGUUCCGUCAAGUGCAACGGCAGGUUCACUUGUCUAUUCUCCAACAAUCGGAAACAGGAAGAGGCUCUAAAAGCCUUGGAGAGUGCCCUCGAUGGCAAGAAAACGGAGUUUGAGAAAUGGGACAAAGAAAUCAAGAAGAGAGAGGAAGCAAGCGGAGGUGGAGAUUCUGGUGGUGGCGGUUGGUUUGGAUGGGGCGGUUCAAAUGGUGGUGGGUGGGAUGGUGACCGUUUUUGGCAAGAAACACAACAAGCAGGUCUUGCUAUCUUAGGCAUUAUUUUCGUGGUAAGCAUCUCUUAACCACCAACCAUCCCACUUUUCUGCCUAUCUUGCUUGUUCUAUGUUUAUGCUGGGACAAUUUCUUUUACACCCCGACUUCAAGAUAUAUGAAGUUUUUCACCCCGCCUGCUAACAAUCUAACUUUUCCACUCCAGAAAAUGAAAAUGCGAAGGUUAUGCGAAUGGUUCGCAUAACUGUUGCAUAUCAGUCGCAUAAAUGUCCCCAUAUCAGUCGAAUAUUCACGUUAGCAACUUUCGCAAAAUUGUCGCAUAAUGCCUUCGGAUGAAAAAGUUAACUUAUAAGUUAUAAUCCAACAGUGUGAGAAAAUUAUUCAGUCUUCAGAAAUGGAGUAAUGGAGUGUAAAUAACUAUUUCCUCAUAUAUAUAGAUGGCUUGUAUCUUGUGUGUAGUUUUUGAUAUUUGCAAAGGGGGACAUGAUGCUUGCCGUCAUUCUCAAUCCAUUGUUGGUCACCUUGCGAGGGACAAGAACUGGGCUUACCCUUUUGAUGUCAAAGGUUAAGAGCCGGUUAUAUGGGGAUACUUUUCGUGGGCCACAGCAAGAGGUGGCCCAACCAGUACGUGUUUCGGCUAAAGAACGAGUGGUGGGAAAAUGGGGGAGCAGUUGAAAUUUUGUAUUUUCACGUGAAUAUUUAUGCGUUCAGGUUAGAAAACGAAAAAUUUCCCAAAUUCUUCUAGACAGUUCGACAGUUUUUGGUUUUAUCUCGCCUGGUAGGCAUAGAGUUUUGCUUUAGUCAUAUUUUGCUUACACACUCACUAUUGUUGUUAGUUUGUCGAAGGUUUAAGUAACAAGCCUUUUAUGCAAUGUCAUCUUAUUCGUAUUGUUGUGUGAAACAAAAAACAAAAUGAAGAAUAGUAUUUGCAAGUGAAAGCUUUUCCAUUA